CGCGGCCCGCCUCCCCUUCGCUUGGCCGAAGCUGGGGGAAAAGCCUUUGCGCCGCGCUUCCUCGUCCUGCCUCCGCCGCUCCGCCACCCCCGCCCGGCUUCCCGGGGCUCCCGCAACUGCCAGCCGGCCGCGCGUCACUCCGGCCCGGAACCAGCGCGGUGGGGAUGCGGGUGUGCGCCGCGCCGCAAGGGACAAAGUAAGAAAGCCGCGGCUGCCAAAGGCUAGUCUAGAGCUAGAGCCGCUUCCGCCACGCGCAACUUUCUUCGCCCGUGGAAAAGUUCCCCGCCUGGAGCAGCGCCCGAGUUCGGCCAGCCGGGAAGUCGCGGCGCGCCGGAGAGGAAAGCGGGCGGCCGCAGCUGGGGCGCCUCUGGAGCUCGCCUGCCUGCUUGCCUGUCCCGGAACAAGGGACCAGCCGGCGCCGGGCUUGCCUGAAAGCGGCCUCGCCGGACUGCGCGCGGUGUAGGAGCUGCGCCCGCCACGCGCUUCGCCGAGCAGGUUCUGCAAAGGAGACACUUUUUGUGACAAUGGAGGCCUGACAUUUGGACCUGAGUGUUACCAUUAGAAGUAUGGAACUUAUUGACCAUUGCCAACAUGGUUGCUCUACUCCAGUUCCAAAUGGAUAUGGAACCAAGAAUUUUCAAGCCAACCCAAAGGAAAGAUGUACCGAACAGACGUAUCCUAAUCCAGGUGCCAUUGGUGACCCUGGCAAAGAGGAUGUGGGCAAGAAUAAGAAGAAGGCCAGGGGCAGCUGGAUUUGGAAUUUUGUUGGCCGCAAGAAAGGAUCCUCCAUGAACCCCAAGCGGCCCCAAUCCAUGAUAUUCCUUGGAGAUCACGUGGAGAUCAUGGAGCAGAAUCGUAAGAUGUCUUUCAUGGAAAGAAUGAGAUCCUAUAAGAAGCUACGGUCUUCUGGUCUAUCCAGAAAUACAUCCAAAGCAAAGGCUAUCAUAAUCUCGGUGGAAACUCAAGAAGAUCUUGAACAAAAAGCACUCCAUAGGAUUAGAAAGCUCAGUGAUGGCCAGCGGCCUUACCGUCAUUCCUAUGCUGGCUUCAUUGAGGACUUGGAUUCUUCAUUUGAGGAUAUUGAACUAAACAGCUGUGUGUUAGAUAUUGAAUCCAGCGAAAACAAAUGGCACAGGGGGCUAGAGCUGGGAGUCAGUAGUAGCAAUGCUGAUAAUUAUUGUUACAACAUGUUGGCUCAGAAAAAUGUGGCCCCUGAAUUUGAAAAAACUCCAGAGUCUCUGGAUGCUGAAGGACAUUCUCAAACAAGAGAUGCUCCGGUAGCUCCUGAGAAUAAGAAAGGAAGAAGUUCUGAGGUCUGGGGAUAUCUAAAGGGGGUUUCAUUGACAGGCAAGGACUGUUCCAAGUUGGAGAACUCCACUGCAGAACCGGGUCUUCAGAGUUUGAAAAACGCAAUGGAGACUCCUCCUCCUUAUCUUGCUUUCGCUGCAGGAUGCAAAGACAAUGUUGGCCAGACUAAAAAGCCUGGCCAUGGAGGGAAGGGAAAUCAUUUUGGUGGUGUCCUUAGGUUUUUUAAUAGCGUGGCUGGGGCAGCUAGGAAAUGGCGGGGAUCUUCCAAGACAUUUUCUCAGGAUGAACCACAACAAAUCUCCGACUGUGCACCGCAAAGGCUGGAGCGAUCUCAUAGAAGGCAGCCUUUGAUCAUUGCGAAUGAUAAUGCUAACAGUUUCUCAUUAACUAGACUGUCACCCGAUUCUGAGAUGUGGGAUGACCCUAGUUCCAAAAUCUCAGCUGGUCAAGCUCUGCUCCAAGGAGAUACCAAUGCUGAGAUGUCUCAUGAAGCCUUGAAGGACCACAGCAGUGAAAGACCUUGUUCAUCUCUUAGGAAAAGUAUGCCAUCUUUUCCCUACUCAGAAUGUCCAAAUAAUUGUCUGGUUCUCAAUGGACACAGCUUACAUACAGAACUGCUACAGAAGCAGAAGAUUCUUCCUAACAAAUUAAGUGAUGAGGACCCAGGUUCUGCUCCAGGAGAUCCCUGGAUUUUGCCUCCUUGGGACCCAGAGAAUACCCGGUCCUCUAUUGCGGUUUCAGCAGAUUCCCAGAGCUUGGAUACAGAAGAUUUAAAGUCUCAAGACCUGAUAAAGGUCGAGAUGGACAUUGCAGGCCUGGAAAAGGAUUCUUCUUUGAAUUGUGAGGAAUGGUGUGAUAGUGAAAUGGAUAUCAAAGUGGUGUGUACUUCUGCCGAGGAUUUUAAUGCCCUCACAAGUAUAGCAGAUACUCCAGAUUUGGAGGAGGGAUUAAUAGAUAACCAGAUGUCCAAGCGGGCUCUAGGAGAAGACCCUCGCCAUGCCAGUGUGCAAGGAAAUAACCCGGGGUAUGCAAGGACUUUGCCAAAUGUUGGUGUUUCAGGUUCCUCUGCAGAAACUCGGAGUUUAGGAAGUAUUUUGGAGGACGUUCGCAAUCCUUGCAUACCACUAGCCUGCUCAUGCCACAGUCAGCAGGUCCUAGAUCAAGAACGUUCUUCUAUCAGAGCAAAUGGCAGCACUUUUCUGCUACGACAGCCAUGGAAAUCCCGAGAAACGGAACAUUUUAAGUGCGGGAAUGUUUAUUACCCUAUUCAGAUGAGCUUAUGUACAAUUGUCUCCCUCAAUGAGUUAAACAACGGAAAGCCACGAUCUCACCCUCUCUGCCCAUCUCCAGCAUCUCCUCCUCCAUUCAAACUUUUUUUGGACCGAUGUCACUCCCUCCCACUCUCCAAGAGCACCCCAAUGGGAUUGGAUCAGCUGGAAUGGAGACAGAAGCUCUUGAUCAGCUCUGCUGCUGAACAUGAUCUGGGGUCAAAGACAUUGGAGGUGCGCCGAGACACUAAGAAUGGCCGAAGUAGAUGGAGACCUCUCCAGCCCGGAGCAGAGCAAUUGCUACUCAAUAAACUGAUCAGUGGCGGUUCGAUUGUCAGUGCCGAGGCAGUAUGGGAUCACGUCACCAUGGCCAACCGGGAGUUGGCGUUUAAAGCGGGAGACGUUAUCAAGGUGCUCGAUGCCUCCAACAAGGACUGGUGGUGGGGACAGAUCGACGAUGAAGAGGGCUGGUUCCCAGCCAGCUUUGUAAGGCUCUGGGUCAACCAAGAAGAUGGAGUUGAAGAAGGCACGAGCGAAGUACAGAAUGGACACUUGGAUCCAAAUGCUGCUGACUGCCUCUGUCUUGGGAGAACCCUCCAGAACCGAGACCAGAUGAGAGCCAAUGUCAUUAAUGAAAUCAUGAGCACAGAGCGCCACUAUAUCAAACAUCUGAAGGACAUUUGUGAGGGUUAUUUAAAGCAGUGUCGGAAGAGAAGAGACAUGUUCAGUGAUGAGCAGCUGAAGAUCAUUUUUGGCAACAUUGAAGACAUCUAUAGGUUUCAGAUGGGCUUCGUAAGGGACUUGGAGAAGCAGUACAACAACGAGGACCCUCAUCUCAGUGAAAUAGGACCGUGUUUUCUAGAGCAUCAAGACGGAUUCUGGAUCUACUCCGAGUACUGUAAUAACCACUUGGAUGCAUGCAUGGAGCUUUCCAAACUAAUGAAAGACGGCAGAUACCAGCACUUCUUCGAAGCUUGCCGUCUCUUGCAGCAGAUGAUUGACAUCGCCAUAGAUGGUUUCCUGUUGACCCCUGUCCAGAAGAUCUGCAAGUAUCCUCUGCAGCUUGCAGAACUGCUCAAGUACACUGCACAGGAUCACAGUGAUUACCGGUACGUGGCCGCUGCGCUUGCUGUCAUGAGGAACGUGACCCAGCAGAUCAAUGAGCGGAAGAGGAGACUGGAGAACAUAGACAAGAUCGCUCAGUGGCAGGCGUCUGUCCUCGAUUGGGAGGGAGAGGACAUUUUGGAUCGCAGCUCUGAGUUGAUCUACACGGGAGAGAUGUCGUGGAUCUAUCAGCCUUACGGACGAAGCCAGCAGCGGGUCUUCUUCCUUUUUGAUCACCAGAUGGUUCUUUGCAAAAAGGAUCUGAUAAGAAGAGACAUCUUGUACUACAAAGGACGGAUUGAUAUGGACCGCUAUGAAGUUUUGGAUAUUGAAGAUGGACGGGACGAUGACUUCAAUGUGAGCAUGAAGAAUGCUUUCAAGCUACAUAAUAAGGAGACUGAGGAAAUGCAUUUGUUUUUUGCCAAGAAGCUGGAAGAGAAAUUGAGGUGGCUCAGAGCUUUCCGCGAGGAGCGAAAGAUGGUGCAAGAAGAUGAGAAGAUAGGCUUUGAAAUUUCUGAGAACCAGAAACGACAAGCAGCCAUGACCGUAAGAAAAGUCAGUAAGCAGAAAGGCGUCAGCUACUCUCGAUCCGUUCCUCCGACAUACCCACCACCCCAGGAGCCACUAAAUCAGGGACAAUACUUGGUAACUGACGGCAUAGUCCAACCGCAGGUCUAUGAGUUCACCGAACCGAAACGUAGCCAGUCACCCUUCUGGCAAAACUUCAGCAGAAAUGACAUCAAGAUUUGCUAUCCUGGCUGGAGAGAUAAGAAUUUUAGCUUCUUAUUGGGAACUGAUCCAGAUAGUCCAAAGUAGCAGCAGCUGUCCAAGAGAAAAUGUGGCCAACAAACCAUCCUGAUCAAAAUAUGGUGUUGAACCUGGAGGGAAGAUGAAUAUUCAUAUCAAUGUGUUAUUUAGGAUUUUCCCCCAAAACGAUCAAAACCAGAGUUUUUUCCAUACUGCUGAGAAUAGAUGUUACAUGUGUAAAAUGUUGAGUUUAGCUCAGACGCAAACUUGAAACAUCUUGUGCCUGAUAUAAAUUGUUUAGAACUUCCUUCUGAGGAACUGUUACAUCACUGUCCUUAUUUUCAAAAUUAGAAUAAAUUGGCUUUGAUCUGAUGAAUCUUCCUUGUAGAAGUUGUUUCAAUGGACUUUAUUGUCGUUUUGGUGCCAGGCAUAUACUUGUUUUUAAAAUAUUUCCAGGCCUUUUAAUAAUAUGCUAAUGCUAAUCUACUUGGUGUUAUUUUGCAUUUUAUUAAGCAUCUUAAUGUAGGCAUUUCUUAGUUUGUUUUAAGCAAUUGCUUUUUAAAUCGUAACUUUUAAUUGCAAACUGCUCCAGAAUCUCUUUCCAAGGGGAGAGGUGUUGACGUCUUUCUUUAAAGGUUGCAAAUCUGGAGGGUUUUUGACUACCAAUAAUGUUUGAUGAUCAUGUUAGACUUCGUAGCCUGCAAAAAGUAGGGCAGCUUUUCCCAACCAUUAGCAGGAAAAACUGGUGUAAUGCAAGUACAAGAUCCAGAGUGAGGGUCACCAAAUAACAUGCAGGAUGUUUCUGGAGAGAGUGCAGAGAAGAGCAACAAAGAUGAUUAGGAGGCUGAAGGCUAAAACAUAUAAAAACAGUUGCAGGAAUUGGGUAUGUCUAAUCUAGAGAAAAGAAGGACUGGGGUGACAGGACAGCAGUAUUGCAAUAUUUGAGGGAUUGCCACAAAGAAGAGCGGGUCAACCUGUUUUCCAAAGCACCAGAAGAUAAGACAAGAAACAAUGGAUGGAAACUAAUUAAGGAGAGAAGCAACCUAGAACUAAGGAGAAAUUUUCUGACAGUGAAAACAAUGAACCAGUGGAACGGUUUCCCUCCAGAAAUUGUGGGUGCCCCAUUACUGGAGGCUUUCAAGAACAGACUGGACAGCCAUCUAUCAGAAAUAGUAUAGGUCUCCUGCGAGAGUAGGGGGUUGGACUAGAUAACCUCCAAAAUCCUUUCCAACUCUGUUAUUCUGUUAUUCAUGGCAUGGAACCAGGUUACCAUCUCAUCCUGAUUUCAUUGAUCCAUCUCUCCAAGCAGGAAGGGCAUAUUAUGGACCCCUUUGAUGAAAGAAGUCCAGUUGCUGGGCUCCAGGAAGAGACCCUUCUCCGGACACCCCCAUCUUAUGGAAUAGCUUGUCCCUGGUGAUUUAGAUGUGGGGUUUUUUUAAAUGGAAAGUUGUAAUGAGUCAUAGUAUAGAGCCUCUUGUUUGUGCAGGGGGUUAGACUAGAAGAUCUUCAAGGUCCCUUCCUACUCUAGGCACAGAGGGGAACCUGCCCCACUCUAUAUCAAGGGGUAUGUGCAGUGGUGGGAUUCAGCCAGUUCGCACAGCUUCAGGAGAACCGGUGGUUAACUUUCUGAGCAGUUUGGUGAACUGGAUGUUGGAAGAAAUCAUAUGGGCAGAGAACUGGUUGUUAAAUUAUUUUAAUCCCACCACUGGGGAUGUGUAUGUGGAGAGAGUUUCCUCUUUAGUCAAGAUCUCACCUGGAAAAACAACAUGUUUUUCAUCAGAGUCCUGUGGAAAAAUCAGGUGGAACAACGACUGAUGACUUCUUUCUGUCGGUCCAUGAUAGAAAAUGUCCUCACAUACUGUAUAACAGUAUGGUACACUGGUCUAACAGCUGGCACUAGAGAGUGAUCAAUUCGGCACAAGAAACCAUUGGUUGCCCUCUAACACCACUGGAUGACAUCACCAGAUCUUGCUUUUUCAGCAGAGUAAGGAUAAGUAAGUAAAGAUACUUAGGGAUGAUUCAUAUCCUGGCCAGUGUCUCUUUUCACUUUUACCAUUGGGCAGAAGACAUCAAAGUAUAGCCAGCCGAAAAAACAGGUUUAAAACAGGUUAUUGCAGAAAGCUGCAAUUUUGUUAUAUCUUAUAAAAUUUUUGGACAUGGUACCAAGUGCCCCAAUGACAAUGGGUAUCACUGUGACAUGUUUCAUCCAUAACCUUGUAGUUUCAAUGGCCAGGUCACUCUAUUUCAUGAUUUUUUCCAGUUCUUUUUCUUCGACUCUAGGGUCUCCUGAUACAGCAAUAUCAAUAAAUGGUAUGCUUUGGCCCUCGACAAUUAUGAUAUCUGGUGUGUUGACAAAUGACAAUCUGUCUGUAUUCGAAAGUCCCACAAGAUCUUCAUCGUCUCAUUUUCGGUAACUUUUUCCACUUUGUGCUCCCAUGACUUUUCAGAUAUAGGUAGGGCGUAUUUUUUACAUAAUUACCAGUGGAUUAAUUUAGCAACUUGAUCAUGUCUAGCUUUGCAAUCAGUUUGCGCGAUUUUGCUGAUGUACAAUGCAAUCAUAUACAAUGAUGUACAAUCUUUAUACAUGAUGUACAAUGACAAUAAAGGC